UAUUGUACAUUAUUGUUCGCGCGUAAAACAAGACGUCGUAACAUUUGCGUGGUUUUAUUAUGCAUGUCUGCUGAUUCAGUUAGCAACAGUCAUUAAAUCAACAUGGACGUCGAAACAGGCGAGGGGCUGGACGAUCAGAUGAACUAUCGCAUGGUCGACCAGACGGGCACUCGCUUGGAUGAAAAGAUGGACGAUCAGAUUGACGAUCGCACAGACGAUCGCAUGGACGAUCACAUGUGGAGCAACCUGCCAGACACUGCGCUCAUUGAAAUCUACCUCUGCUUGCAAGACCCUGAAAGGGUUAACAUGUCGAUGACGUGUAAGAACUGGAACCGGAUCUUUUCGUCUCCGUGCUUGUGGAGGACGUGGUACAUCGAGCUGGGAGGGUACAACUACAUCUCGACAGGGGAGAGAAUCUGCAAGUUCGCCGACGGGCACGGGGAUCACCCGAAAUACCUGUUCCUUUCUUACGACCACCGUCGUCAUCACACGUGUAAAAUAAUCCAGAGGACCAUCGAUGACUUCCUAGACAAGAUCCAGAACGCGAAGCUGGUUAAUUUUGAAUUCCAAAACGCCAGCUUCAUGUUCGAGACUCUAAAGGAAAAUGUCGUCGACAGUUUCGCGCGCUUUUUUCGAGGGCAGACGAACAUGGUGGAUUUUAACAUGGAACGCUCGCACCUCUCAUUAACGAGUGGGUGUCGGAUACUUCACGCUAUAGGUAGCGCAUCCGGUAACACGAUUAGAAAUCUUGAUAUAGAAGACUUUUUCGACUCGAUGCUGGCGAUGUUUCAAGUGAAACAGUUCAUAAACGCCUUGUCCAAAUUCACCAACCUUUCCUUUCUGGCGCUGAAUUAUAACUGUUUGUCAGACGACAUUUUGGAGUGCUUAACUCAGAAUCUGGCGGGAAAACUGAAGCAUAUUAGUUGCAGGGUAUGCAGAACAGAUCCACAUUUUCAUCGAAUAUCGUCGUAUUCGUGGAAGAGUUUAAAAUCAGUAUGUCCAAAACUGUCCAUAGAUUUUUGGUUCGAGAGUAUCGGCUUGUCGGCUGACAUCAUCCGGGUACUUGUACCUGAAGCGCCGUUGCACGAGAUCUAUAUCGAUACCAGGUUCGACCACAACGCCGAUUGGUUGCAGCUGAGUGAAACUAUUGACCACAUUGCAAAGCAUCACAAGCAGAUAACUGUACUGUCGGUAAAACUGCACAACAAUCACGAUUCUAUAGACGACAGUCUCGUGUCCAUGGUAACCCAGUGUCCCGCUCUUCGAGUACUGUUUGUAAGGUCCGUUCUAAAGGUGUCGACCAUAGAUGAAAUCUGUACACUUCAGACUGAGCACAAAAUAGAUUUGCAGACAUUCCAUGUAACGACGUGCGGCCUCACGGAAAUGGAGUAUGCUGAAUUAAUAUAUGUCAGCGCAAAACAUCUUUCCGUUAUGCAAGAACGAGGCUUAAAUUUUGAAAUUCGGGCUGUUCUAGGUAGACAACAUUUAUAAAUCUUAAUUUUUAUUUAUUUAUUUAUUUAUUUAUAUAUAUAUAUAUAUUUAUAUUUAUAUUUAUAUUUACAUUUAUUUUAUUAU